AAAGGGCUGAAGAUUGUUCACCACGCAGACACAACUCUGUCCAGUUUCUGCACGUGGCAGAAAAACCUGAACCCUCAGAGCGACACACACCCAGCUCAUCAUGACCUGGCUGUGCUCAUCACCAGGAAAGAUAUCUGUGCAGGGAUGAACCAGCCCUGUGCGACUCUGGGUUUGUCUCAUCUGUCUGGAAUGUGUCAACCUCAUCGCAGCUGCAACAUCAACGAGGAUUCAGGACUACCUGUUGCCUUCACUGUCGCUCAUGAAAUGGGCCACAG